AUGAGAUUACUAAAUUGGUCGAAAUCAGAAGGGCUUUCCCACACUGAAUCAAAGUGUGAAGUCCACUUUGAACGCUUUUCCUCAUCCUCGACGCUACUCCUCAUCGCGGCGGCUCACAUUCCCCAGCCUAUUCCCCAGCCUCUACAGUCUACCUUCGUGACUUCGGUCGGCAGUCUUGUCAUCCACCAGCUCAGUAUCGUGCUACGACCGCCACCACUGUCUUCGACCGCCACAGUUGUUCCACUGCCACCAUUGUCUUCCACUAUCUUCAUAGAAUCGUUCAAGACUCCUGUCGCGCUCUACGAUCUCUCCCAUCUUUCAAGACUCUUACUGCCUUCGUGGGUCUUAGACUUCAUAGACUCGCUCAAGACUCCUGUCGCCCUUUACAGUUACCUGACUGCCACUGAUGCUUUCUGUGUGGCUACAUAUAACCACCGAGUAAUCACAACUCCCAACAUGAAAUUCAUUCCCCAACCCUUCGACAAUGAAUCCGACAUCAUUCAAGUGCGCGCAGAUGGUAGAUAUUGGGCCCUGGAUCCCUUCCAGUGGCCACAGAUGUAUGACGACUUAUACGCUCGAAGUUUUGCAAUCCCACGCCAGGAAGCCUAUGCGGACGACUCAAGCAUGAUGUACGCAUGGUUCAGACCAACUUUUGCAAGUGACUUCACGCCCAUUUCUCCCAGCAAUCUUUUUGGUCAACUCAAGACCAACAUUGUCAGCCACCUCAAGCGCUUGUACGAGAAGGCCAAUACGCAGGUUAGCAAUUACAAGGUUGCAAGGUCCCACAAGGAGGAUCAUGUAGUUGGGUGGGCGCAUGCAAUGCGCGCUGUCUACGAGCGCUUCCAGCAAGCCAUGGCCUGGCGCGACAUCGUCAUAAUCGUUGCUGAAUAUCAGCGCUGGUUUCUCGAUAUCUGGGCGGUUAUAGACUAUUACAAAAUUAUCGAGCCUCACAUGCAAUUCGUCGACACUAUGCACAAGGUUAACCCCAAAUGGAUGGGUUGUUUCACCGAAGAUGUCGCUAUCGCUAUGAAGGUGCACGCUGCUGAAGUUCCUGUCUGGCUUAUUCACGAUGCCAGACUUGUCAAUGCCAACAUGAACAUCAUCAAAGUCGUUUCCUUCACACCACCCGAUGACCUCGUCAUCGGCAUGUAUCAUGAUCCCGUCAAACUCUUCACCCAACCAUUCGACAUCAUCAACAGAGGUCCCAAUAAUCGCAAGCGUCAUGAGGCCGCUCGUCAGCCGUAUUCCAACUUUGAGAAGCUACCAGUUCCAAAACCCCAAGUGGAACAGAUGGUAAUGAGGGAGUCAUUGGUAGGAAGGGCGUGCGUAGACAAGGGGAAGGCCAAAAUGAGUGCCAAGCCUGCGCCGUACAAUGCAACCGCUCCGCGUCAGAAUAAAGCUGUAUCUGGCCGUGACAAGUGGUCUGAUAUAGAUCACCCUUAUAUGCCGCCAAUGAACUAUUUCUUCAAGAUAGCGUUGGAGGACGCAAACAAAGAUAUUAUUCGCAUCAAGCAUCCCAGAGACAAAAUGGAUGAUGGGUACUCGCUUCCCAAUCCAGGUUUAUUCAUUAACAUUCUUUCCCCGCAAUCCUUGGUGAAGUACCUUGCCAACUGGCUGGCAUGCCGCCCUACCUGGAUAGAACGUGUCUAUGACAAAAGGCCUCGACCUCUUCCUCGCGCACAGAACUGGCGCGAUUUCUUGAUAUCUCAGCACGCUCAGGAACCUUCGAACAUGCGGACGUCCGGCAAGACCAGCAAGUCGAAAGCAGCGACUGCUUUACUUUUCCAAAAGGAAGUUCUGGUACUGCGGGCCUUGUGGGCAGGACCCACAAAUGUUCACUGGCGUGGAAAGGAUAUAGCCAUUUUCACGCUCGACAAUCCCCCCGCAGAUCUCGCACGCCAAAUCGUGUAUGAAAUCUGUGAGCAAAGUUUUCGAUAUGAGCUUCUGGACCUGGAUGAGCAUCUUGGGCGCGAUGCACGUAAGGACAAGGAGGCGAGGAAGGAAAGGAUGGAGCUUCUUCGUAGCAUCUUCCUGUCGAAGUCGUUGAAAGUUUGGAACAGGGACUUACCUCAAGAGAAUGACGGACUCAAUGCGCCAUAUUUUGACACCGCUUUACCAUAUUUCGAAAGUUUCCGCAAGGUGUUGUCAGCGUGGGAGCACUUUCCCGAGUCCCUCAAACAACCUUUUGAUGCUACCGGACGUGAGCACAACAUAUGGAAGGGGAUGAAGGAAUGUUGUCUCUUUUACGUUCAGUCUUAUUUCGACAAUACUGGUCGUCCACCUGUCGUUCCUCACUUACUGUAUUCGGUCGCCUAG